GUACACGUCAGCAGGGUAGGUUUGCCAAUACGAACACAACAAUUAUGUGAAAAAGUUUGUUACAAAAUUUGCAUUACAUUAUUUCUCAGAAUUUCCAUAAUGAAAGGCCUAUAAAAAGGAAGAGAAACCAGAAGUUUUACAUAAGGAAAAAAAAAGAUGGAGGUUGAGAGAGUGCAGGCCAUUUCAAAGAUGUCCAGCUGCAUGGACACAAUUCCGUCAGAUUACGUAAGGUCGGAAAAUGAACAGCCUGCGGCGACAACAAUGCAAGGGGUUGUCCUUGAGGUUCCGGUGAUUGAUCUUGGAUCAGCAGACGAGGAAAACGUUGUGAGGUUAAUCACGGAGGCGGCCCAGGAGUGGGGAAUAUUUCAAGUGGUGAACCAUGGAAUACCGGAUGAGGCUAUUGCCAAGUUGCAGAAAGUUGGCAAGGAGUUUUUUGAGCUGCCACAAGAAGAGAAAGAAGUGAUUGCUAAGCCUGAGGGAUAUCAAGGAGUGGAGGGUUAUGGUACAAAGCUACAGAAAGAAGUUGGAGGGAAAAAGGGUUGGGUUGAUCAUUUGUUCCAUAUUAUUUGGCCUCAAUCUGCUGUUAAUUACCAUUUCUGGCCUAAAAAUCCACCUCUUUACAGAGAAGCAAACGAGGAAUAUGCAAUAGCAUUGAGAGGGGUAGCGGAUAAAUUGUACGAGGCCUUGUCUCUGGGGAUUGGCCUGGAGAGGCAUGAACUGAAAGAAGCCUCAGGCGGCGAUGAUUUGAUUUACAUGUUGAAAAUCAAUUAUUACCCCCCAUGCCCUCGUCCAGAUUUAGCCCUUGGAGUGGUGGCACAUACUGAUAUGUCCGCCAUCACCAUUCUUGUUCCUAACGAAGUUCAAGGCCUCCAAGUCUACAAAGAUGACCACUGGUAUGAUGUCAAGUACAUUCCUAAUGCACUCAUUAUUCAUAUUGGUGAUCAGAUAGAGAUUAUGAGUAAUGGAAAGUACAAGAGCGUGUACCACCGAACUACUGUGAACAAAGACAAGACAAGAAUGUCAUGGCCAGUGUUUUUGGAGCCUCCACCAGAGCUGCUAACUGGACCAAUCUCAAAGCUUAUUACGGACCAAAAUCCAGCAAAGUUUAAGACCAAAAAAUAUAAGGACUAUGUGUAUUGUAAACUCAACAAGCUUCCUCAGUGAAUAAUACAUCUGGGUUCAUAUGUCCCAGAAGGCUUGUGGGUCUGGGAGGAGGGCAGGGACAAAAUAUUGCAGUCUAUAUAAAUAUAGAUUGUGAAUACUAAGGCAAGUUACUCUGUGAGGGUCAAAAAUAAAUUGUCAUGAUUAUAAAAAAUCUACCUUAAUCAA